AUGGACAAUAAUGAAAUAUUAAGACUUCUCGUUGAAGAUGAUGAGCUGGAUUUGUUGUUUGAUGAGAAUCAGCACAUGUAUACUCUUGUAGAGGAAAUGUUUGGAGUGCCAGAAGCUGAUACUAAUAGGCAAUCAGUCAGGACAAACCGAGGUGAAGGUUGGCGACGUGUGCAGCGUUUCAUGAACGGGUCCGAGGUACAAUGCUAUGAGAUUAUGCGCAUGAACCAGGAAACAUUUAAGAGUUUGUGUAAGAUGCUAUCAGAAAAGUAUGGGUUAAAGGAGACUCUUAAUGUCUACGUUGAGGAGAGUGUUUCAAUGUUCUUAGAGACGGUUGGACAAGACGUAACUGUAUUAAGUUCUCUCUUGAAGCUUGCAUCAGACAUUGUGAAACCGACUAGGAAUGAGUUUGCAACUGCUAGUCCUUUUCUAGAAGGUAAACCACAGUAUUGGCCUUACUUUAAGAACUGCAUAGGUGCUUUAGAUGGAACUCAUAUUGCUGUCCGUCCACCAUCUGGGAAUAGUGAGCCAUUUAGAGGUAGAAAAGGUUAA